ACUGACCUUCUUGGUUUAAUAUUUACCAUCUUUCUUCUUUAUACCUCAUUUUUAUAUAUAUGAGAUUGUCGCUUUUGAUUAGCGUAUGCUUGAUAGCAUUCGCUGUACCGUCCUCUGCAGUGCAGCAAGACAAGUAUGUGUAUAGAAACAGGCUACUGUCUAUCAUCGCAGACCCGAAAUUUAAGCCCGGUGCUUUGGGAAACGCGAUUCCAGGAAGAUACAUCAUUGAAUUUGAAGAAGACUAUCAUGGAUCAUCCAUGGAAUUCAUCAGUAGAGUAGAAAACGACAUUCUUUUGGCCGAGCCACACCUAGGGCCACAUAUAAAAAUGAGUGUUGCUCAUGAUUACAGCACCUCCUCAGCCAUUUUCCGAGGAGUCUCUAUAUGUCUUCAAGGCUAUAGUCAAUUGUUGCAUAAAAGAGACAGCACCAAUGAGACUAUUGAUGACGCUGAAAGAGCAGAGCAUAUCAUUCUACGUAAAAUAUUACAGCAGCACCACGUUAAAAGUGUUUAUCCUGUUACUGAAAUACCUCGACCCUCUGUAAAAGUGCAUCCAUACGAAAGCGUGCUGAAUGCAAAUGAAGCUUCUCCAGCACCAAGAAUAAAGAUAUCAGAUCCCAAUAUACACUUGCCAUUCACGCACGCAAUGGCCCAAGUAGAUGAUCUCCGUCAAAAUUCAAAAAUUUUAGGGAAAGGAGUGAUAGUAGGAAUUAUUGAUUCAGGAAUUGAUUACCGUCACCCCGCUCUUGGUGGGGGAUUUGGGCCAGGCUAUCUUGUACAAUAUGGCUAUGAUCUGGUUGGAGACAAUUAUGAUUCAAGUGACCCAUUUUCAAGAGUUCAAGGCGAGACUCCUUUAGAUACGUGCACAAGUGGCAGUGGCCAUGGAACGCAUGUUGCAGGCAUUAUUGCAGCUCAGGACAGCGUAUUUAAUUUCACAGGUAUAGCUCCAGAGGUGACUUUAGGCGCUUGGAGAAUUUUUGGUUGUACUGGCUCCACAUCAAACGAUAUGGUUAUCAAGGCACUUAUUGAUGCAUACGAAGCAGGCAUGUUGUGCUGUGAUGUCAUUAAUCUCAGCUUAGGGUCACCUAGUAACUGGGGCGACGAUCCUACAUCCAUCGUUGCGAACAGAGUAUCCGAAAGUGGAUCUUUAGUCAUUGCUGCAGGAGGAAAUGAGGGAUCAGAAGGUGCAUUUUAUAUGUCAGCCCCAGGAACAGGUGGUAGCACUGUAUCAGUUGCUUCUAUAGAUAAUACUUAUGGCCUUGCACCUGCAUUUGAAAUAGUGAAUGGAGAGAGUUAUGCCUAUAAUUUAGCUACGAAUACAAAUGAAUUUAUAGAUGGAACACUGGUUGCAUAUAGUUCAAACAACACCUUGAACGAUGCUUGUCAAGGCACCGUUCCUGAUCAAAAUAUCAAGGACCAAAUUACUCUAAUUCAAAGAGGAAAUUGCUCAUUUAAUGAAAAAGUUAUAACAGCCCAGGAAUUAGGAGCAGCUGGUGUCGUUAUUUACAAUAACGAGCCAGGAGCAGUAUUACGACCACAAACAGAUCAAGCGAAAAUUCCAGUCAUAUCUAUUUCGCUUGAAGAUGGAGAGACGAUUAAGAAAAAGUUAUAUGAAAGUGGAAACAUCGGUUUAACAUCCAAAGGCAUAAUGAUGGCCAAAAAGAUUUCCACUGGUAAUCAGCUUUCUACAUUCUCAAGUAUUGGUCCAUUGUACGAUGUCAGUCUUAAGCCCGAUAUCGCGGCACCAGGCGCUUAUGUAUUCUCUACUUUGCCGUUAGCGAAUGGUGGUUACGGUGUGUUAUCAGGCACUUCCAUGGCAUCCCCUUUUGCUGCUGGCGCUUUUGCAUUAUACAUUCAAGCCCAUGGAAGAAAUCAAUCUCAUGCUUAUAUAAAGGAGCAUUUUCAAAAUUACGCAAAGCCAGCUACACAAGAUUCUAUAUAUGUUAAUCCAGUGCGUCAAGGCGCGGGUUUGGUACAAGUUGUUGAUGCCAUUAAUCAACCUGUUCAUGUAUCUCCUGGUCAUUUAAGUUUUAAUGAUACCACCAAUAUCAAGCCUCAGGUUCUCACUAUAUCCAACCCUAGUGACAAGACAGUCAUUUUCGAUAUUGCUCAAAACGGCACUUCAAGUCUAGCUCCCUUUCUUACAUGGAAUCAACUUUAUUACCCAGUUUCUCCUACAAAAGUUGCCCUUGAGCCUGUUACAGCUAAUUUAAAUUUCACAAGAAAGAGUAUAGAACUUGGACCAGGACAAUCGGCGGAUAUCACAGUCCAGGUGUCUGAAAUUUUAGGAGAGAUUCCGGAUGAACCAUUUCCUAUUUAUGGAGGCUAUAUACAGUUUAUCCCAAGAAAUGACGAUACGCGGAAACCAAUACAUAUCCCGUAUAUAGGUAUUCAAGGUGCCUUGAAUCAGAUUCCAAUUUUUGCUAGAGACUUCCCUCAGAUCCUCGCCAGAAACAAUGCAAAACUUUCUCAGAAGAUGGGUGAUGAAAACAUAACGGAUUCGCUUGUUAUCGAUAGAAACAACACACAGUUCUCGAGUGUUACAGUGUUAUACCGCUUACUUACCGGCACAGCACGCCUUGUAACUGAAGUUUUGGAUAAAGAUUUACAACUUGUAGGAACAGCAGCUGAUGACGAGUUUAUACCACGAAACACUUUGAACAACUUUAUUUAUGCUGGCAGUUGGAACGCUACUAUUAUUCCUUUAGGAAGUAGCAGUAUUGAUAGUCUACAGCCUGUUGAGAAUGGAACGUAUUAUCUACGAUGGAAAGCCCUCAAAUUACUUUCUGAUCCUAAUGAUGAAAACAGUUGGGAAACCCGCUUGUCGUCUCCUAUCAUAGUACAAUAAAAAACGCAGUC